AUGGCACCACUCACGCCCCAUUGGACCCAGCCGUCCCACCCGGACAUCCAGGAUGUUAUCAAGGCGAGCGAAACUGAGUUUCUCACCAAGAGCUUCUCCAAGGUGGCUCUGCCGCCCUUUGCAGUCUAUGCAAAGAUGUCUUUCCCGCCUUGCAACUUGGCAGAUGAGCCAACAUACGCGACCGUCCAGUGCGGCAAGGACAAACACCUCAACCUCAACAGCGACCUGCUGUACAUCAACCACUCCUGCGAACCGUCUCUAAUCUUCGACACGGGCAACUUUAACGUUCUGGCUGGCCCGAAAGGACUCCAGCCAGGCGACGAACUGACUUUCUUCUACCCCUCUACGGAGUGGCACAUGGCCCAGCCCUUCGACUGCUUCUGCGGCACCCCGUCUUGCCGCGGCCGCAUCGCCGGCGCACGCGACAUGCCCCGCGCUCAGCUCGAAGGCCUCUGGCUCAACGGCCACAUCCGCGAGCUCCUCGACGAGCGCGACUCUGGUCGCUCUGGAAAUGACGACCCGACCGCCCAAGCGCUGAGAGACGCGCUCAAGGCUGCUGAGCGCGUCGUCGAGGCAGCCCGCUCCGCUCUGAGGACCUACACCGAGUCAUCCUCCGCCGGUGGCAAUAACGCCCCGCAGCAGGCGCAGGCGAUCAAGAACGGCGCCAACGGAUCCAAGGCCAAUGGCAGCAGGAACGGGGCGAGUGCUCGAGAGCUGGGCGGCGAGUUGGGUGGUGACACGACUGCGUAG